AUGUCCUCGUCUUCGAUUAACAUGUCAUCCUCCGCUAACGCACUAUCCUCGCCUGUGGAUACUUUGGUUGGAUGGACAAAAGAAGUUGAGGAAGCACUAGCGCAGCAGCCGAAGAUCAACAUAGCACUUGUAUCCACCUUUAUUCCUAUAAAUCAACGACCAACCACACCGACAUACGAAAUAGAAGGUGCUAUACCUAGCCUUGUAGGCGAUGUCCUAAUGGACAUUUUUUGGCAUGCAAAUGAAAUCGUUAUCACGCCCUUCACAUCCUUCCUCGUAGCCGGGCACCCAGGAAUUAUUUUCCUGGACGGUGUACCAUCUCCUAACUUCCAAGAAGCUCUUGGAAGGGGAUGUCGUUUAGAACGCAAGACACUUGCAUUCUGCACCGAGAUACAGAUUUUCCACUCCCGCUCCGCCAUCACAAUCAUCGACAUGGAAGAUAUCCUCGAUCCCUUUGAGGGAGAACUACUCGCCAUCCCCACUAACUCCCUGCUAUCUCUAGAUAGCCUCGUAUUCGAACCACGCCAUUAUGGUUUUGGCGCCGUAUUGGGAUUUUAUUCCCAAACCGCCAAUGGCCAUUUUGUUAAGGUCAUCAUAUGGUUCAAUCGUAGGCUGUAUGAAGAUAGAAUUCAGGUUGAACGGAAGGUAUUUGUCUCAUUUUGGGUUCAUAAGGACCAUGUCGCCUUCUGA